UGCUGGCCAUGGCUCAUAGAGAAGUCUAUGAUUAUGUAAACUGCCCGGCAGGCUCCCUGCCCAGCGACACGUCAGCCCUGGCACAGCAUCACACUCGUCCGCAGUGCCCGCUUUGGCAUCGGGUGGGCUGGGCCGGGAACAUCGUCCUGCUGGGAGCUGUGAUAGCGCUGGCUGUCCUGGUUGGUCAGUGCCCAUCCCAGACUCGCCCAACAGCAGCCGUCCAGCAGACCGCUCAGCAGAGCAAUUCAUGUGAGAUCAAUGAAAACACACCAGCGUGCAACCGUACAUUGGAGGGUUUCCGAUCUUGCCUGAAGCGAAAUUUGUGUGGGGUGGAAAACAGCUCAGCAGAGGGCUCCGGGUGCAAACUCUGCCCCAGGCACUGGGUGCCGCACAGGGACAAGUGCUACUGGCUGUCGGAAGAGAAUCAGUACUGGAGCUGGGGCCGUGAUGACUGCUCACGGAGGGGAUCUCACCUGCUCGUGAUCCAGGACCGGGAGGAGCUGGAGUUCACACAGAAUCUUACAGGAAAUCAAAAUCCGGUGUGGAUUGGACUGAACAUCACCUCCCCAGGGAGGAAGUGGACCUGGGUGGAUGGUUCCCCGUUAAAUCAAACACUAUUCACGAUAUCGGGUCCUGCGGAAGAGAACAGCUGUGCUGCAGUCAAGAAGACUCAGAUCAAGUCUGAAAUCUGCAACACUGACUAUAAAUGGAUUUGCCAAAAGGAAGCUGUGCUCAUUUAACCGGCUGGAUUGGGGACUCUGUUUGAAGAGGUGGAAUGCAAAAUAUCGUGUGUUUGUCUUUAUUACCACUAACAAAUUCUCAGCUGGGGGAAAUCUGGGCCGCUCCAGUAAAGUCAAUGGGGGCAAGACUGAUUCACACCAGCCAGGGGCCUGGGCCCACUGAUUCAAAUGGAGCUAUGGCUGAUUUCAACCAGCUGGGGCUCUGGCUGCAUUGUCUCCAAUGGAACGUCCCCCGAUUUAUACCA